AUAAUAUUAAUUUACUAAUUAAUUACCCCUUAAUCGGUGAGGAGAAUAAAUAACCCUUCUUUCCUACUAUAAACCAAAAAUUUUGCACCUUUGUGUUUUGUUUCUUUCACAAAACAAAACACAAAGAUUUAGAAGAAACAAUAACCAUGGUGAACCUUUUCUGGGUUUGCAUUGUAAUAGCACUUGUUUUCACCAACUGGGUUGAUGCAAAUGCAUAUUAUCACAUCAAUGAAACUGAACUCUCUAUCUUAGAAGCUCAUGAAGCUUCUUCUUUUUCUUCACUUGUGGCUCAGCCUCACAUGGUUGGAAUAACCCUUAUUCAAUCUGCUGCUGCUAAAGGAGCUGUCUGCUUGGAUGGAACAUUGCCUGCUUAUCAUUUUGAUCACGGAUACGGAUCCGGUGCAAACAGCUGGCUUGUUAAUUUAGAGGGAGGUGGUUGGUGUAAUAACCGUAGAACUUGCGUCUAUCGCAAGACAACACGGCGUGGAUCAUCAAAAUUCAUGGAAAAAGCGAUACCUUUUACUGGAAUAUUAAGCAAUAAUGCUCAAGAGAAUCCAGAUUUUUUUAACUGGAACAGAGUGAAAAUUCGUUACUGUGAUGGUGCCUCUUUUACCGGGGAUAGUGAAGAUAAGGCUGCGCAGUUGCAAUUCAGAGGACAGCGCAUUUGGUUGGCUGCAGUGGAGGAUUUGAUGUCAAAAGGAAUGCGUUUUGCCAAGCAGGCUCUUCUUUCUGGAUGCUCAGCUGGUGGUCUUGCUACUAUUUUACACUGCGAUGAAUUUCGAGGUCAUUUCCCAAGGACUACCAAAGUGAAGUGCCUCAGUGAUGCUGGGUUAUUUCUUAAUGCUGUUGAUGUAGCUGGUGGGCAUACCCUCAGGAAUUUUUUCAACGGUGUUGUCACCCUACAGGGAGCGCAGAAGAAUCUUCCACGCGUUUGUACUAAUCAUCUUGAUCCCACUUCGUGCUUCUUUCCUGAGAACUUGAUUGCCAGUGUCAGAACCCCGCUAUUCAUUCUUAAUACUGCCUAUGACUCGUGGCAGAUCCAGUCAAGCUUAGCUCCUUCAUCGGCCGAUCCCCACGGCAAUUGGCGUGAAUGCAGAUUAAACCAUAAUAAAUGUUCCGGUUCACAAAUCCAAUUUCUGCAAGGAUUCAGGAAUCACAUGGUGAAUGUUGUGAGAGGCUUCUCAAGAUCAAGUCAAAAUGGAUUGUUCAUAAAUUCAUGCUUUGCUCACUGCCAAUCUGAGAGGCAAGACACAUGGUUUGCUGACAACUCUCCUGUCAUAGGAAACAAGGCAAUUGCUCUGGCUGUUGGAGACUGGUAUUUUGACCGAGCCGCAGUUAAGGACAUUGAUUGUCCUUACCCUUGUGAUAACACAUGCCACCAUUUGGUUUUCAGAUGAGCCAAACUUCUUCUGUCUCACUCAUCUCACUCACUCGCUUGGUUCAUUUCUCAUCAACAAUUCUGAAAUAUGCUAUUCAAUCAAUGAUCAAAACAAUAAAAGAAAAUUGCUACUGAAAAAUGAAAACUCAAUAAGCCUUUUCCAAGAAUUAGUAGUUAGGGAGAGAAAUUUUUAUGUAUAGAUCAAUUAGUGGGGAAUGCUAAGCAAAUCCCUUUUGAUUUUUACAAAGCUUGGGAGAGGUAAUAGACUACCAAAAUAUAUACAUUGUAAUAAGAUGAGCAUUGAUAGUGAUUGAACUGAGAUUAUCUCCAUACGAUGUUUCCCUUUUAGUUGGGAAUCGAAUAAAAGGGUUCCUCAUUUUACCUUUUGGACUUCCAUAUUACCACAAUUAAACUAGCCUGACACUUUGAAUUUU